AUGCUCCUCUCCAAGCUCUUCUCUCUCGCUCUUGCCCUGACCGGCUCGGCCGUCUCUGCUGCCUCCAUCCCCGAGACCGACUACGAUGUCAUCGUCGUCGGCGGAGGUCCUGCAGGUCUCAGCGCACUGAGCGGUCUCUCUCGUGUCCGUCGCAAGACCGCUCUCUUCGACUCGCACCAGUACCGCAAUGAUCCCACUCGUGAGAUGCACGAUGUGAUCGGAAACGAUGGCACUCCGCCCGCCGAAUUCCGCGGCGCGGCCCGAAAGCAAAUCACCUCGUUCUACAACAGCACAGCCUCCUUCAUCGACAACGCCAUCACCUCCAUCACUCCCGUGAACAGCAGCAACGCAACCACCAUCUUCCGCACCAAAGACUCCAAGGGCGCCGAGUACACUGCACGCAAGAUCGUCCUGGCCACUGGUCUCGUCGAUGAUCUCCCCGAUACCCCCGGCCUGCGCGAAGCCUUCGGAAAGGGCAUCUACUGGUGCCCCUGGUGCGAUGGAUUCGAGCACCGCGACCAGCCUUACGGUAUCCUUGGAACCCUCAGCCACAUUGUCUCCAGUGUUACCGAGGUCUCAACGCUGAACAAGGACAUCAUUGCGUUCGUGAACGGCUCUUACACCGAUGAGGAAGUUGCGACUUUGGACGCAAACCCUCUGGACUGGCGCGCCGCCAUCAAGGCAUACAACGUCCAGAUCGACAACCGAACCAUUGCGUCCAUCGAGCGUCUGCAGGACGGCGGUGACAACCGAAGCGAUGACGGUAAACAGUUCGAUAUCUUCCGCAUUCACUUCACGGAGGGCGAGCCUGUCAUCAGAAAUGCGUUCCUGACGAACUUCGGAACCUCGCAGCGCUCGUCACUUCCAUCUGACCUGGGUCUUAAAUUGGAUGAUGGCAAGAUCGAUACCAGCUCCAAGCCUGGCCUGAGGACUAGUCUUGACGGUGUUUGGGGUAUCGGAGAUGCGAACAAUGAUGGCAGCACCAAUGUUCCUCACGCCAUGUGGAGUGGUAAGCGUGCCGCUGUUUUCAGCCACGUUGAACUCGCCAAGGAGGAAAUGGCUGCUGCCGUCGCCAAGCGCUCGCUGGACACUCGCACCCUGCACAAGGAGACCGAGAGAGCGAUGGGCAAUGAUCUGGAGAGGAUCUGGAAGCGCAUUGAUGCAUGA